AGCAACACCGUGAGAAUUAUUUAGGGCGAAGACUAGAAAAUAUAUGCGAUAUAUGCUUGACUUUUUUUUGGCACUUUCUAUGCGUUGUUAUGCACCUUCUUGGAUUUAUUGCGGAGAAUUUGAGGUGCAGGGCAAGCAUCACUCACACGGCUAUAAGGAUGCGGGUGUCGGGAUCGAGGAUUAAGCUGUGGUGUCCGCUUAUCUCGCUGGCACUGAUUCAGUUUCUCACCCCUGUUUCGGCUCAAGUUCCAGCUCCAAGAAGACUUCGAUUUAAAGUUCUGAGCGCAGGCAAGCUACUUGUCUCAUGGAAGGAACCCAAAGGAGAAUAUGAAGGCUACAAAUUUAUAUAUAACAGUGAACCAGGUGGGGAAACAACCGAGUUGCAAAUUGCAAGGGGAGAGAAUAAAGCAAUAAUAAAGGAUUUUAAUCCCAGGAACGAGUAUUCAGUCAAGGUUAUAGCUGUGAGUGGAAACCUGCACAGCCGAGCACUUCAGGGAAAAUAUACUGCAGAAGACCAGAGCAGUGAUGGAGACACUACUCAGCCUCAAAGACUGAAAGAGCCUGGACCUGUGGAGGAGGGCAAUGAGAUUUCAGGAGUGGAUCAGUUUGUCUGCACAACUUCUGCCAUUGCGGAUAUUGUCAUCCUGGUCGAUGGAUCUUGGAGUAUUGGGCGAAUCAAUUUCCGCCUGGUUCGCAUGUUCCUCGAAAACCUGGUCAAUGCCUUCGACGUGGGAAUAGACAAAACCCGGAUUGGACUGGCCCAGUACAGCGGCGAUCCACGGAUAGAGUGGCACUUGAAUGGCUUCAGUACAAAAGAUGCAGUAAUAGAUGCUGUCAAAAACUUGCCGUACAAGGGAGGCAACACUCUCACAGGUCUUGCUCUUACCUACGUUUUGGAGAACAGCUUCAAACCUGAGUCUGGGGCUCGUGGCGAUGUUCCCAAAAUUGGAAUUCUGAUAACAGACGGCAAAUCCCAGGAUGAUGUUAUCCCACCUGCACAGAUCCUGAGAAGUGCUGGAGUCGAGUUAUUUGCCAUUGGUGUGAAGAAUGCUGAUGAGAACGAGCUGAAGGCCAUCGCCUCUGAACCAGAGGAAACACAUGUUUAUAAUGUGGCAGACUUCAGUAUCAUGAGCACUAUAGUGGAUGGUCUUACCAGGAAGGUGUGUGAUGGAGUGGAGCAACAAGACAAAGAUAUUAAACGAGAUCCUUCUGCUGAAGAGACAGCAUCUCCACCCCAGGACUUGGUCACUUCUGAGGUGACCGCACACAGUUUUCGUGUGUCCUGGACUCAUGCGCCUGGCAGUGUGGAAAAAUACCGGGUGGUUUACCAUCCAACCGCAGCAGAUGUUCUGGAAGAGAUUGUGGUGGGCGGCACGGAGAAUUCAGUCGUCCUGCAGAAUUUGAACUCUCUGACUGAAUACGAGAUUGCUGUGUUCGCUGUGUACCGCAGCGCAGCGAGUGACGCUCUGAGAGGCAGCGAGAUCACGCUGGCUCUACCAACAGUGAGUGAUCUCGAGGUGUACGAAGUGACAGACAACAGCAUGAGAGCCCGCUGGAGGGAUGCAGAGGGGGCUUCUGGGUACAUGAUCCUUUACGCUCCACUGAGCGGUGAGACUACAGAUGAAAGAGAGCUAAAGGUGGAUGAGUCGGUGACUGAUGUGGAGCUGACUGGAAUGAUUCCUGACACAGAGUACACCGUUACGGUCUAUGCCUUGUUCGGAGAGGAGGCCAGCGAUCCUGUAACUGUUCAGGAGACCACCAUGUCCCUGAGACCUCCUCGUAACCUGCGGGUCACUGAAGUUGACCACAGCUCUGUGCGACUCAACUGGGACGCAGUGUCCAGGAAGGUUAAGGGCUACCGUGUGUUGUAUAUGAAGACAGAUGGUGUCCAGACCAGUCAGGUGGAUUUGGGUCCAGUCACCAACGUGUACCUGAAGAACCUGUCACCCUUAACAGAGUACACCGUUGCUGUUUUCGCUCUCUACGAUGCCGGCCAAUCAGAGGCGCUCAGUGGCGGAUUCAAUACAAAGCUCGUGCCAGCCCCCUUCAGCCUCAUGACAUCACAGGUGACCUCAGAGAGUUUCCAGGUCAGCUGGUCACAUCCUGCCAGAGAUGUGGUGCUCUAUAAGAUGGCCUGGUCACCCACCGAAGGAGGACAAGAGAGGGAGAUAAUGCUGAGUGGAGCUGUGAACUCAUAUGUGAUUCAAGACCUGAGUCCUUUUACACAGUAUAAGGUGUCACUGUCAGCCAUCUAUGAAGACGAAAUGGAGAGCAACCCUGUGGUUGUGCUUGAGAAUACACUGGGCUGGACCACAGAAGUUCCCACAACUUUUCCCUCCACUACAGCAUUUGUUCACCUGGGAGUGAUUAACCUGUGGGUGGACGAGGAGACGCCCUUCAGUAUGCGAGUGAACUGGGAGGUGCUGGACUCAGACGUGGAGCAGUACAAAGUGACGUAUGUCAGUGCAGACCGCACAGAAGAGACGGUGUUAGUCUCUGGAAACAGAAGAAGCGUGAUCCUGCAACCUCUCCUCUCAGACACAAGGUACAAGAUCACAGUGACCCCUAUUUAUGCAGAUGGAGAGUCCGCAGCUAUGUCCAAGGCCUCUAUCGGAAAAACUCUGCCACUUUCUGGACCCAGUAACCUCAGAGUGUCUGAUGAAUGGUAUAAUCGCUUCCGCAUCAGCUGGGACGGCCCUCAGUUCCCCACUUUGGGUUACAGAGUCAUCUAUCAGCCCAUUUCUGUGUCAGGUCCGGCUCUGGAGACGUUUGUAGGGGAUGAUGUGAGCACCCUGCUGAUCCUCAAUCUGUUGAGUGACACGGAGUACAGCGUUCAGGUCAUCGCCUCCUACUCCACCGGCUCCAGCCAACCCCUCACCGGCAAGGGCAAAACACUGCUCCUGGGGGUGAAGAAUCUCAGCACGUACCAGGUGCUCAGCAGCAGCUUGUGUGCCCAAUGGCAGCCUCACCGCCACGCCACCGUCUACAGAGUCGUCAUUGAGUCACUGCUCAAUGGUCAGAAACAGGAAGUGAGGGUCGGUGGCGGUGCGUCCAGAGAGUGCUUCUUCAGUCUGACCCCCAACACCCAGUACAAGAUCAGCGUCUACACUCUCUUACAGGACACAGAGGGUCCCGCCGUCACCACUAUGGCGACAACCGCUCCGGCACCCACCCAGCCACCGACUGCACCACCCACCACCAUCCCUCCUCCCACCAUCCCCCCAGCCAAAGAAGUUUGUAAAGCAGCCAAGGCAGACCUUGCCUUCCUUGUUGAUGGCUCCUGGAGUAUUGGAGAUGACAACUUUCAGAAGAUCAUCCGUUUCCUGUACAGCACAACUGGUGCACUUGAUGUGAUUGGCCCCGAGGGAACACAGGUGGCCAUUGUUCAGUUCAGUGAUGACGCCAGAACCGAGUUCAAGCUCAGCUCCUACAGCGAUAAGGAGGCUCUGCUGGACGCCGUGCAGCGCAUCACCUACAAGGGAGGAAACACCAAGACAGGUCGAGCCAUUAAGCAUGUAAAGGAGGCCAUCUUUGCUGAAGACGCGGGCGUUAGGAGGGGCAUUCCCAAAGUGCUGGUGGUGCUCACGGACGGGCGAUCUCAAGAUGAUGUCAACAAGAUCUCGAAGGAGAUGCAGAUGGAGGGCUACAUCAUCUUUGCCAUUGGCUUCGCUGAUGCUGACUAUGGGGAGCUGGUGAACAUUGCCAGCAAACCAAGCGAGAGACAUGUGUUCUUUGUGGACGAUCUGGAUGCCUUCAAGAAAAUUGAAGAACAGCUCAUAACUUUUGUUUGUGAGGCUGCGACUGCCACUUGCCCCUCGAUGUUAAUGAGCGGGAACACUUUAGCUGGUUUCCGUAUGAUGGAGAUGUUUGGUUUGGUGGAGAAGCACUACAGCAGCGUGCAAGGUGUCUCAAUGGAGCCCGGGACUUUCAACAGCUACCCCUGCUACCGGCUGCACAAAGACGCCCUCGUCUCUCAGCCCACCAGGUAUCUACACCCUGAAGGCCUUCCGUCUGACUACACUAUAUCUAUGCUGUUCCGCAUACUGCCUGAAACUCCUCAGGAACCUUUUGCAUUGUGGGAAAUCCUUGACAAAAACAAUGAGCCACUUGUGGGCAUUAUCCUGGACAACGGAGGGAAAACAUUAACCUUUUUCAAUUACGACUACAAGGGAGAUUUUCAAACGGUGACUUUCGAAGGAAGUGAAAUUAAGAAGAUUUUCUAUGGCAGUUUCCAUAAGCUUCAUGUGGCCAUCAGCAGAACCGCUGCUAAAGUGGUGAUUGACUGCAAAACGGUGGGAGAGAAAUCCAUCAACGCUGCAGGGAACAUCACCAUUGAUGGAGUGGAGGUUCUGGGACGCAUGGUCCGCUCACGUGGAAGGAGAGAUAACUCAGCCCCGUUUCAGCUCCAGAUGUUUGACAUAGUCUGCAGUACAUCGUGGGCCGGUCGGGAUAAGUGCUGUGAGCUCCCAGGCUUGAGAGUAGAAGAGGACUGUCCCGCAAUGCCCCAUGCCUGCACCUGUGCUCAGGACAGCAAAGGACCGCCUGGACCCUCAGGACCACCGGGCGGUCCUGGUAUCAGAGGUUCAAGAGGAGAUCGGGGGGAGCCAGGCUUGACGGAGACUGCAGGGCAUUCACACUUUGUUUCAGCAGCCCGGCUGGUGGGGCCUCAAGGGCCACCUGGUGAUAUCGGACCUCCAGGGCCGCAAGGGCCACCGGGUCCUCAGGGGCCAAAUGGACUGUCCAUUCAGGGGCCACCGGGGGCUCCAGGAGUGAAAGGAGAGAAGGGUGAAAUAGGUCUGCCAGGUCCUCAGGGUGUACCAGGUGCUGGUGGAGGACCAGGCCGAGAUGGACCUCCAGGACAGAGAGGCCUACCGGGGAAGGAUGGACCCCAGGGAAGACAAGGCCCUGCAGGACCAAUGGGAAGCCCUGGAGCUCCUGGGUCUCCAGGACCAAGUGGAUCUUCAGGGCAAAUGGGUGAUCAAGGGGCACCUGGGCCUCCCGGCACCAAAGGCGAACGAGGAGAGAGAGGUGAUAUGCAGUCUCAGGCCGCUGUCCGUGCCAUAGCGCGACAAGUUUGUGAACAGCUAAUUCAGAGUCACUUGUCCCGCUACAACUCAAUUCUGAACCAGAUUCCCAGUCAGUCUGUUUCUGUACGUACCAUUCCGGGUCCACCAGGUGAGUCUGGUCGACCAGGACCUCCGGGGCCACAGGGAGAGCAGGGUCCUCCUGGCAGACCAGGAUUCCCUGGAGCCAGUGGGCAAAAUGGGCGUCCAGGAGAGAGAGGUCUCUCAGGAGAUAGGGGAGAGAAGGGCAGUCCAGGAAUCGGGACACAAGGCCCUCGUGGUCCUCCAGGACCCCCAGGGCCUCCUGGAGAAGGUCGGACAGGAAGUCAGGGCUCUCCAGGGAGACCUGGAAUUCAAGGCACCUCAGGACGUCCAGGUAUCCCUGGUAGCCCAGGUCCUGCCGGACCCCCCGGCUACUGUGACCAGAACUCCUGCAUAGGAUACAAUGUUGGAGGUCCAGCGCAGUAUGAGAAUGACUACUGAGAAACAGUAGAGAGCCACCUGCUCUUCUCUCUCCCCUCCAUUUCUUCAUCCCACCUCAUUCCAUGGGCCAAAACCAAAGACUGUAUCUGGGGAGGGUUUUUUUCCACACAUCCCAGAACUCGACAACUUGAUUCCCUAACUCAAAAUGUCACCACCAUUGAAGCCUUUUUAACCCUUCUGAGCAUUAUGCAAAUCUCAGUGUUUUCAGCCUUUUCUGGCAUUAAUGUUGAAAUCUGAAAACCACACUCUUAAAAACAAAGGUUCCACAAGGAGGUUUUCAGAAUCACAGAAGAUCUAUUUUAGGUUUUUUUUUUGGUCAUUUUUUUUCAGAAGAUAAAGAACCUGUUUCCACUUGCAUUGAAAAUGGUUCUAUGGAUGUUAAAGGUCCUUCAUGAAACCAUUGUUGCUAAAAAAAGAACGUUUAUUUUUAAGAGUGUGCAUCUAAAUCAUUACCUGGAGAAAGCCAUUCAUUAUCGUUCCUGUUUGUGUUAAUGCCAGUUGCUUGGCAGGCGUACGAUAUGAAAUUGGCCAUAUUUGCUCAAUUCUGCAGUCAGAUUUUUUGAGCCAGUCACCUGAGCCAUAAAUAAAUCAAAAUAAAUCAGUCGCUGUGGUGAACGUUUGAAUAAAAUGUUAGCAUUAAUUGAGAUUAUUUAAGAUAGAUGGUGUAAUUCAGGGGCUAACUGAGUCAUGCUAAACCUUUUCCCUAAGCUAAUCUCAGUCACAACUCUCUUCUACCUUUCUGACUUCCUUUUCUGCCUUUAUCUCUUUACUUUUUCCUUUUCUCGCUAACGCAACGCCUGCUCACUUGGUGGUGGUGACCGAAAAAGAUGGCAACCGAUCUAAUUCCCCCAUGUUCCCAUAGUACAACAGUUACCCUCCAACCCCUACCAAAACUACGGCCCCGCCACCAGCUACAACAACGACGAGGAGGAGGAAGAGGACCCUUACGGUGGCAACCGUGCCUACCCUCCUCAGUACUAUCAACCCAGAUAUCCUGACCCCCAUGCCGCCAGGUUUGGCCCCGCCCACCCUGGUGACACGGAGGGGAUGAGGUCACCUGGCACGAGUCGUUUCUCCCGCAGCACGACCGAAGAGGGGAUCGUCGAGGAGUCGGAAGUGCAAGUGAAGGCCAGAUAGCUGGAGUGGCCAGCCCCGGCAAACCGACCGUCCACGUACAAACACUUUUCAUCAGAAUAUCCUGCAGGAUAGGACUGAGGGAAAACCCGAAAAGUGCCUGCUUAUAUGCAUCUUAAUGGGGGUGGGUUUGUGGAGAAGAUUAGAAAAUGAAACUGUGCCGAUAUUCAUCCAGUGACUUUUCUGUCUUUUGUGAGGCUGCAUGUAGCCGAUGAGAUGAAAAGCAAGAUCAAGGAAGGAACACUGCAAAAAAACUAACAAAAAAAAAAAAAAAAAGCAGUAUUUUUUGUCUGGUUGUCCAGUAGAAAUAUCACAAAAUAAUUCAAUAAAAUACAGUUCAAAAAUAAAUCAUAUACCACAAAACCAGUCAUAAGGGUCAAUUUUGUGAAAUUGAGAUUCAUACAUUAUCUGAACGCUGAAUAAAAUAAGCUUUUCAUUAAUUUGUUAGGAUAAGAGUUGUCCUUAGCAAAGCAUAUUACUAAUCAAAAAUUAAGUUUUGAUAUAUUUACAGUAGGAAAUUUUGGCAUAAAAGAAAAAUCAGUAAUUUUAAGCCAUAUGAUGUAUUGUUGGCUAUUGACUUAUGACUGGUUUUGUGCUCCAAGGUCACAUAUCAAAUUUUCCCAAGAUAUAUAAUAAUAAUAUAUGUUGCAUUUAUAUUCCUUCUCAUAAUCACAUUUUAUUAACCUCACUUAAUUAAAUCUAAAUUUAUGCUUAAAUAUCUGUCAAUUAUAAGAAAAAUAAACAUAAUAAAAAGUAAAAAUCUAUUCUCUGAAAAUGAGUUCCAACAUUUCCACAAAUAAUUGAAGAAAGAUAUUAUUACUGGAAAACGCCAAAAAUGCUGAUUUACAAAAUGAUUUUUGCAGCGCAGCGGUUUUGAAUCGUGUAUUCCAUAUCUUUUGUAAAUGAUAAUAGGGGUGUGUGUACAGUUUGUGUAUUUUUUUUAAGUGCAAAUUGGUGAUCUACUAUGUUACGGAUUUCACAGAUGUUUACAGCGUUUUGCAGUUAUCUGGAACUGGCUAUUAAGUUAUUUUAUUUAGAAAAAUACCUCCGUUCAUGCUUUUGAUGUCCUUAUCACUAGCAGUUAUUUAUGAGAAGACGAAUUCUUCAGUCACACUUAACAACGCAUUAAUAAAACCAACCUGAUCGCCUACAUUUUCGCUGGUUAAAGUACGUCGCAGUGUAACACCGCGCAUUUUGUCGGGAUCGUAAUCGUAUUAUCACGCAUUUAUGUGAACGUCCUUUACAUAUGGUCUUGUAAGAUGAAGUUUCAUGCAGGGGAUGCGGUGGAAGCUCUCAAAGUGUUUUUGUAUAAAAGAAGAGCUCAGCAUGGCAUCCUUCCGUGUCUCUGUGGUCCUGUUUCCAAUGGGUCUGCUCACUGUGAAAGAGACCUGAAUAGUUAGAGUUAGGCCUGUGGUCUACCGUCCUUUCAGAACGAAAGCGGAUGCCAGUGGAAAGACUCAUCACCAGACCUUUGAAUCUACAAAGUAAUUUAUUUUUACUUUAUUAUUUGUUUUUGUAACCAAUAAAACCGUACUGCAACAAUGACUCUG